CAGCUGAUCACCAUAUCAGUAGCAAUCAGUAGUAUGUCACUGACUGUGCGUAUAACGUGUGUAGGAGAUUGAUUAGGAUUGACAUAUAUAAAACAGAUAUGACAAAAGACCGAAGAAAGUAAAGGAUAAAGCGAAAUUAAAAAAUGCAUCCGUACUGGAUUUUCUGCCGCAGGAGAGACACGAGAAAAUCCUGUAGAGAUGGCGAACGAAGUCAAAAACAAAGUUAUACUACACUGGAACUGUCGGGGUCUCAUGGAGUUUCCGGAGGUAAUAAGACUGCACGGCAGUCACAUUCAGGAGAUAUAUCUGAAGUGGAACAAGCUGACCACUCUACCACCAUGGAUCACAGAGCUGUUCAACGUGACCAACUUGUACAUGUAUGGCAAUCGGAUUGAACAGUUGCCUGUAGAACUUGGCGGAAUGAGUCAGUUGACGGUGCUGGAUUUAAGUGCCAACAGAUUAGACCUGAUAUCUGCCUGCAUUGGCAAUCUAAGCAAUCUGAAAUCUUUAUUCUUGAAUGACAAUUUUAUAGAGAGAUUACCAGUUGAAUUGAGCCAACUGAAUAAUCUGGAAAUACUGUCUGUCUCGGGUAAUCAGAUUGUUGCACUGCCGGAGUGGACAGGUUCUCUUCCAAAACUUCGAGAGCUAUAUGUGGAUAACAAUCACCUGAGGGAAUUACCUAACAGAUUGACCAUAGCUCCUGAGCUUACUAUGAUCUCCGUGUGUUCAAACAGGUUGAAAUAUUUGCCACUGAAUGGAUUUCUAUCGGCUCCCUGUAUACGAUUCGAUGCAAACGAAUACUUAAAUUAUGUGUCGUAUCCGCUUCUAUUUCAAUUACUUUCGCAACUACGCACGACGGUUGUUCGCGAUAGAGAAUAUUUGGCAUUUGGAUGUUUUAAGACGCAUUACGACACAAAUGUGCUAAACACAAAUAUAAAAUUGUACAUAAAAAUGAAGAAACUGCAUGAAAUAGAUGCCGAUGUUAUAAUUGAAUUACCACGGCAAAUGCUAAAAAUUCACGAGGUUCACGAAAACGUGACUUGUUCCCUGUGGGAAUUAGCACUAAGGAAAGUUUAUACCGAAAGAUAUAAGCACACGCUUGACGUUUCCGUUUCUCCCGCAAACGUAACAAUACUCUACAAACCACUUAAGAAUACUAAACUGGACUUCACACUGUCUACGAGUUAUAGUUUGUACAAUUUAUUAACAAACGGACCUACUGGUAUUUGUGUAAAUUCUCAAUGCCAGCAACCGAUAUUUACAGAAGCUUGGAUUAUUAUCGGUAUCAACCGCUAUGCGGAAUCCAUGAUAACGAUCGUUUUAUGUUGUAGUAGAAGUUGCGCCACUGCAUUCGCUGCACACUCAAGUACGACUAUUAAUCUUCAUUGGCACUUCAUCAAUUGAUGAAUCCUCCUAAUUAGCAUUGCGGCUACCAAGAGGGAUUCUUCAAUAAUGCCCAGUAGGAAUUCCAGUUCCAUGACAACGAUGAA